GAGAUUGGAUUUGAGGCCAUGAAAAAUCUGAAAUACAUGGAAUGUCUCGACUUCAAUUCUUUCGACCUUCUCACUGAAGAAAUCAUCUUCGCGAUUCUUGACUUUCUUGACGAGAAUCCUCUUGACAAGAAAUCAUUUUCUUUGGUAUGUAAAUCUUUUUAUGUCUCUGAAGCUCGACACCGGAAGACCUUGAAACCCCUUCGUUCUGAGUUGCUCACCACAAUCCUUGACCGCUAUCCUUCUGUUUCUCAUCUUGAUCUCACGCUUUGUCCUCGGAUCACAGACAAUUCUCUCAUCGUUAUCUCUUCCGUUUGUAAAUCUACGUUGCGUUCCAUUGACCUAUCUAGAUCUAAGUGUUUCUCCCACGUUGGCUUGUCUAAUUUGGUUCUUAACUGCUCGUCUUUGGUCGAACUUGAUCUGUCUAAUGGUACUGAGCUCACGGAUUCUGCUGCAGCGGCUAUAGCGGAAGCAAGGAAUUUGGAGAAGUUAUGGCUGGUUAGGUGUAAAUUAAUUUCCGAUUUGGGGAUUGGAUGUAUUGCGGUUGGGUGCAAGAAGCUGAGACUGAUCAGCUUGAAGUGGUGCUUAGGUGUUACUCAUUUGGGUGUGGGUUUGCUUGCAAUCAAAUGCAAGGACAUCCGUAGUUUAGAUCUCUCUUACGUUCCGAUUACUAAGAAAUGUCUUCCAUCUAUCUUGCAACUACAACAUCUUGAAGAGCUGGUUCUUACAGGAUGCCUUGGUAUUGAUGAUGGAGACCUUGCAACCCUCAAACGAGGGUGUGCAUCACUUCAGACACUCAAUAUGUCAUGUUGUCAAAAUGUGACACAUGAAGGUUUAUUUUUCCUGACAAAUGGAGCUGGAAGUCUACGCCAACUUAUUUUAGCAUAUGGUUCUCCUGUUACACUUGCGCUGGCUGGAACCUUGCAAAAGUUCUCAAAACUGCAGUCUAUCAAAUUAGAUGGUUGCCUUGUCUCUACUGAUGGGCUAAAUGCCAUUGGAGAUUCUUGUGUCUCACUUAGUGAAUUGAGCUUAAGUAAGUGCUCAGGAGUGACAGAUGAAGGUCUAUCUUCCAUUGUGACAAAACACAAAGAGUUAAGGAAGCUGGACAUAACAUGCUGCCGCAAGAUAACUCAUGCCUCCAUUGCCAGCAUCAAAACUUCAUGCACCUCUCUCACUUCCCUCAGGAUGGAAUCUUGUAGCCUCGUUUCAAAGGAAGCCUUCGUCUCGAUUGGAGAGCAUUGCCCUUUCUUGGAAGAACUAGAUGUGACAGAUAACAGCAUCGAUGAUGAAGGUCUAAAGUCCAUAUCAAGGUGCUCCAAUCUCUCUAGUUUAAAAAUAGGGAUUUGCUUGAGCAUAACAGAUGAGGGACUUACUCAUGUUGGCAUGUGUUGUCCAAAACUUAAAGAGCUCGAUGUGUACAGGGCCAUGGGAAUAACUGAUUUAGGCAUUGCAGCAAUUGCUUCUGGUUGCUCUAGGCUGGAGAUGAUUAACAUAGCAUAUUGUAAAGAUAUAACUGAUCACUCUUUAAGAUCAUUGUCAAAAUGCUCAAGGUUAAAUACGCUUGAAAUUCGAGGAUGCCUUCAUAUUUCAUCAUCGGGUCUCUCAGCCAUUGCUGUGGGCUGUAAGCAACUGACCAAGCUAGACAUAAAGAAGUGCUACAACAUUGAUGAUUCUGGAAUGCUUCCUCUCGCUCACUUCUCCCAAAAUCUCAGAGUGAUAAACUUGUCAUAUUGCUCUGUAACUGAUGUGGGCCUGUUAGCAUUAGCCAGCAUAAGCUGUCUGCAGAGCACGACCAUCUUGCACCUGAAGGGUUUGACUGCAAAUGGCUUGGCAGCAGCACUGUUAGCAUGUGGUGGGCUAACAAAAGUAAAGCUUCACUCAUCCUUCAGACCCUUGCUCCCCCAACCUCUUGUUGAACACAUUGAAGCUCGUGGCUGUGUUUUCCAAUGGAGGGACAAACCCUUCCAGUGUGAAGAAGAUGCGAGGAGUUGGAAACUGCAGGUAGAUGUGGUAUGAGUUUUGACUGAGUAGUGUAGGAAGGAUCGGAGAUUCCUAAGUUGGAGUUGGUCCCAUGCUGUAUAUAUAUUAUGGG